AUGGCCGUCACCGACAACAUACAACCCCAAGACAGCCCGGUCGACGAACACAGAUACGCGAAAAUAUUUGAAAAACUGGAUACGGAGGACGGAUAUCUUAGCGGCAAGCGAGCCGUGGUUCUACUGCGAAAGUCGGGCGUGCCACAAGAGACGCUUUCAAAAGUGUGGGCGCUCGCAGACUCUGAUGUUGAUGGAAGAUUGUCCUUGAAGGAGUUUUGCACGGCGAUGCACCUCAUUGGAUGUUUCCGCAAGGGGCUGCCGCUCCCGGAGGUACCGAGUAGGAAGCCAAAGAAGCCCAAGAAACGGCAGUCUCCUGGCGGUGACACAAAGCCAAGAGAGGGCCAAGGAAAGCGUGAAAUCACGUUUGCGAAAUCCCCCAAGCGACGAUCCCGCCUGGCGUCUCUCGUUGACCCUCACCAGGAUGCUAAUCCCCCCGGUGCUUCCAUCGCGAAAUCGCACGAGCCACUACUUCCUUUGAGCAGGAUCCGCAAGUCCGCGACUCUCUGGAUCCUUACCUUGUGCGGGAGCAGGAGCCCAAUGAUCACGAGUCAGUGGAAAAGCAGGCGUCUCAAGGAAUUGCGCCAGCACCGAAAGGAGGCGGAAGAGAGUCGGGAUCAUGGAGGGCAAUCUCGUAUCCGCCGACCGAACCUUCGCCAGCUGGACGACAAGGAUGUGGACGCGGUUUUUGCGGAGGGGCCAGGGGCUAUCAACUCCCUCCGCGACGUGCAGAGUUGGCGCGUCCUCGUGAUGGGCCUUCAGCGGCUGUCGGGAAAGGACAUGGCACGUCAUGUACCGACGAACGUGAGGCCUCGUCGACGGCAUACCUUGCCACUAGCCGCGAAGGGAGACCUCGCACGAAAACAGGAUUAUCUGCCGGGUAGAGGUCGAAGAACAAGCCUCCUCGGGACCGCAUACGAGCCAGCCGCGUUGUUUCUCAAGCAACGGGCCGAGAGAAGGAGUAUUCGGGAGGCGGACUUAGAAAAGGAUACGGCAAAGGCAGCUGAAAAAUGGAACCUCAAACCCUUGCGAGAGAAGUCUGAGAGGUGCGAAAGUGAUGGAGAGCAAACAUCCAGUAGAGGGAACCUGAGUGUCGCUGGGCUGCCACUUCUGGACGAGGAUGUUGACAUCAUCGUGCACCUGCUGCGGCAAAAUCAUGCCUUCAAACGGCUGGAUCUGAGCAGGUGCUUCCUGUCCGAAAAACAGUUUGUCUCGUUGGCGCAAGCGUUGGCGUGGAAUUCUCGCAUCGAAGAGCUUUUCCUCCAAGAAUGCGUCUUCACAAGCGUGGGGACCGCGGCUCUAGCAGAUGUGCUAACAGUGAACAAUCACAUUCAUUCUCUUGACGUCAGAGGAUGCAAGGGUCUGGACGAGAAGAGCAUUAAAGUAAUUCUCGGGGGAGCGCGUAGCAAGGGAAACCUUUUGACGUUCAACGGAAUGAACCUGGCCGACCUCCGUGCUGAAGGCUCCGACGAGCUGGACUUGAGCGGGUGA